AUGACAAGCCCAGUAGAAACUGACUUUGGGAAAGUAGAAGUGAGAAAUGGUGGACCCCUGAACGUGUCCCUGAACGUGCCCCUGAACGUGUCCCUGAACGUGUCCCUGAACGUGUCCCUGAACGUGUCCCUGAACGUGCCCCUGAACGUGUCCCUGAACUUCUGGUGUGUGUUACAGGAAGUUCUGGUCGCUGCGUUGGCGUUCAGGAAUAAAUACGCUCGCCGCCCGUACCUACCGGAGGAACUCGUCCCCGCCAAACACACGAAGCUUUUCUUCAGCGUGGACUCAGACGUGCGGUGGCCCGAGUGGUCUUCCUGUGCGGCUGAACUCGGACCUGGAGGCGAGACUAUCGUCAGGUCUGAGGGGGGGCGAGCAGCGCUGAUGCUGGCGCCAUCGGGCGAAGAAUUCUCCGUGGAGUUUACGUGCAGCCUCAGUCAGACGGCGAGCCGAUACACCGACGAUGAGAAGGUAACGUGUCCCAGUGAUCCAGAGACGGUGUACCGAUCCACCACGGUGGUCCAGCAUCACUCCGUCUGCUCUGUUCCCUCCGUCUGGUCCUACCCUCUCUGGCUGGCUCGCCAACUCCACGCCUCUCGUCUCUGGCUGGCUCGCCAACUCCACGCGUCUCGUCUCCCUGAGCCAGAAGACGUCCCAGCAGACAGAGACGUAAACCCGCUGGACAUUUCCACCGUAGAGCGAAGCUCUCGCCUCCCAGAGGCGCUGCCUCUCACGUGUUCAUCCCCCCACUGGCACAGGUGGAAAGUUAAAGACGUCGUUUCAGACCGAGAUCUUCUAACAGAGCUGGUGAAAGUGCUGUGGUGGCACGGAGUCACGUACAGGAUCCUGAACGGGACGGUCCCUGUCGUGGAGGUGUCCCCCGGAGAUGGAUCAGUCCUCCGCUCUAACGGCGUCCUGAAUACUUAUUUUACUCAUCACAGACCUGAUCUCCCAUCAGGACGGGUGAACGAGGUAACGCACCCUGGGACACCUCUCCCCCGCGCUCCCGGACAGCUGUUCUCCGUGGGGCGGAGGCGCGUGCGCCGCGCAAAGAUCCUGGCGUGCUUCACCGAGGCCAGGCGGUCGCUGGCGCUCCCCGCCACGCCCAGCUGCCUGACGGAGCUCAGAGAGGGGCGACAUUUGUCUGGACCAGCGAGGAUGGAAGAAGGUCUGUCCAGUCCUGGUCCUGUUGAGCAGGACGUCCCAGACACGGUAGAGAGUCGGUCGGAUCUUGUAGCUGCAGAACUGGAGAAGAUAAAAAGAUUCAACUUUCUGCUGGAGAACAACCACCUGCUGAGGAACCAGACAGGAAGUGUGAGACAGGAAGCUGUCGCUGCAGACGAGGAGACUCCCGGAGCGGUGAGCGAGCGCUGCGUCGCCGAGGCUCUGCAGAGAACUUCCAGAACCAUCCGAGACAUCGACGCUCUCAUAUCUGACUGCAAAGAGCCCUGAAUGGGGCUGUGUGUGUGUGUGUGUGUGUGUGUGUGUGUGUGUGUGUGUGUGUGUGUGUGUGUGUGUGUGUGUGUGUGUGUGUGUG